AUGACUUUUCGUGGGCAAAUCGCUCUGAAGGCUCACAGACUGCUGUUUCACGUGCUCCUGCUGGAUGACAAUCAGUCAGGCUUCAAAAGUGGACACUCCACCGAGACUGCCCUGCUGUCUGUCACUGAGUCGCUGAGACAGGCGAAAGCUGAAUCAAGAUCAUCCGUCCUGAUUCUGCUGGACCUUUCUGCAACCUUUGACACAGUCAACCAUCAGAUCUUACUCUCCACCCUCUCUUCGCUGGGCAUCACAGGAACUGUGCUUGACUGGUUUAAUUCCUAUCUCUCAGCCCAACGACACCACACUGAUCGAAUUUCAGCCUGCCUGGCAGACAUCUCGGCCUGGAUGAAGGAACACCACCUGCAAUGCAACCCAGCCAAGACUGAACUCCUUGUCUUUCUAGCCAACCCUGCUGUUGAACACAACAUCACUGUGCAGCUGGGUGCAACUACAGUAACGCCUUCCAAAAGGGUCAGAAAUCUAGGGCUAACCAUCGACAACAGACUAAAUUUCACAGACCACAUCUCAAAGACCGCAAGAUCAUGUAGAUUUACACUCUACAAUAUCAGGAAGAUAAGACCCUUCCUCUCUGAACAUGCCACACAACUGCUUGUCCAGUCACUAGUCAUAACUAGACUGGACUGCUGUAAUGCUCUCAUUGCAGGCCUCCCUGCGUGUGCAAUUAGACCCCUGCAAAUGAUCCAGAAUGCAGCAGCACGUCUGGUCUUUAAUGAACCAAAGAGAGCGCAUGUCACUUGGCACGGAAAGAACCGAGACUACCACUCCUUGUCUCUCUCCACUGGCUGCCGGUUGAUGCACAUAUCAAAUUCAAGGCUCUGAUGUUGGCAUACAGAACAGUCACUGGGUCUGCUCCAGCAUACCUAAAAUAAUUUAUGCAGAGCUACGCGCCCACUAGAAGCCUGCGAUUGGCUAACGAACUUCGCUUUGUUGUACCAACACAAAGAGGCACCAAAACACUUUCCUGGACUUUCAGCUUCAUCAUACCACGAUGGUGGAAUGACCUUCCCAACUCCAUCCAUGAAGCUGACUGACUCUCUGUCUUCAAAAAAUGACUAAAAACACAUCUUUUCCAUGAGCACUUAACCAGUCAUUAAUAAAAACAAAUCUUGUUGCACUUUUUAUCUGUUUUGAAUACUAUUCUGAUGCUAGUGAAACUUUGUAG